AUGCAACUACUAACACUCUUCCCUCUGAUUUGCGCCCGACGUCAUACCCUCUCCUCCUGCGCGCCGCGCCCAUACCCCAACCUAACUACCUACCUAGGUAACCUCGGGCAUGUCAGCAAAGCCUUAGCAUGGAUGCAGUUCCAAUUACCUUUCAAACGCCAAGCCACAAGCGGGCCGAACCUUGACACAUCACAGCGGAGCACUACGGUCGUUAUUCAUGCAUGCAUACAAACAUAA